AAAAAAAAAUACAAUACUCCUAAGGCAAGCUAAGGAACCAAACACAAAUCCUCUUAUUUCAUUUACCUCUCUGCCUCCAAAAAUAUUAAUUCAAACAAGAAAAGAAAGGAAUUCUAAUCCUUUCAACAAUACCUCUAUAUCUAUAUCUAUAUAUUCCCUUCCAUUUUGGUAUCCUAGAAUCUUUUCUCUUCCUUCCUCACAAUGACAAUAUUCAUCACAACAAUGUUUAUUUUUCUAGCAUUUUCUCUCCAUGCAGAUAUUGGAUACUGUUUUGGGAUCAACUAUGGUCAAGUUGCUAACAAUUUGCCACAACCUGAAAAAGUUCUUGUACUAUUAAGCACUCUCAACCUCACAAAAACAAGAAUCUAUGACACAAAUCCUCAAAUUCUAAGUACAUUUUCAAAAUCAAAUAUUGAAGUAAUUGUGACGGUUGAAAAUGAAAUAUUAAACCAAUUAGAUGAUCCACAACAAGCACUUCAAUGGGUGAACAGCCGCAUCAUACCGUACCUACCUAACACAAAAAUCACCGGAAUUCAAGUAGGUAACGAAGUUUUCACCGACGAUGAUACAACUCUUCUUCAACAUCUUGUUCCGGCGGUGAUUAAUAUCUACAAUGCUUUAGCUAAAUUAGGCUAUGCAAACAUUUGGGUUUCUACACCAAGUUCUUUAGCAGUGUUGGAAACUUCGUACCCUCCUUCAGCCGGUAGUUUCAAAGGCGAAAUCUCUAGCAUGAUGUACCAAUUUUUGAACUUCUUGCAAACAACAAAAGCACCUUUUUGGAUCAAUGCUUACCCUUACUUUGCAUAUAAAGAUGAUCCAGAUUCAAUUCCUUUGGACUAUGUUUUAUUUAAUCCUAGUCAAGGAAUGGUUGAUCCUACCACAAAUCUACAUUAUGAUAACAUGCUUUAUGCUAUGGCUGAUGCUGUAUCAUUUUCCAUAGCUAAAAUGGGAUUUAAAGGGAUUGAAGUUAGGGUAUCCGAGACGGGUUGGCCUUCUAGAGGCGACCCGAAUGAGGUUGGUGCUUCUCCGCAAAAUGCUGCAACUUAUAAUAGAAACUUGUUGAAGAGACAAAUGGCGAAUCAAGGGACACCUUUGAAUCCUAGAAUGAGGUUGGAAGUUUACUUGUUUGCAUUGUUUAAUGAAGAUUUGAAACCUGGACCAACCUCAGAAAGAAAUUAUGGUCUUUUUAGACCUGAUGAAUCUAUGACUUAUAAUGUGGGAAUUUCUACUCUUGCAACCACUUCUCCAUCAUCAUCGUCGUCGUCGUCACCAUCUGCUUCCGGUUCAUUUUCUAUUGCCUCCUCUUCUACUAAGAUUAAGGUAGCACCAAAGGGAUACCAAAACUUGGUAUAUUGGAUGUUUGUAUAUGUGUUGGUUUCAAUCCUUUAUGUGUGAAGGAAGACCUUCCUUUAUUGUGGGAUUCAUGUCUAUACAUUAAGUACAUAUUGGAAUUUUACUUCUUUCAAAGUGGCCAAAAAAGAUACCUAGUUGAACACAAAGGCACUUUCAGAAUCUCAAAAAUGAACAUGAUUUAAAGGUAACCCUAUUUUGCAGAAAAUAGGACCAACACACUUUCCAAACACUUGGGCAACAAAAUCAGCAGUAUGGCACACAGAGAAAAGAAUUAAAUGGGAAGAAUGGAAGAUUACCCAAUGUCUUAGUCAAGUGGCACUUACCCUACCAUUAUGUCACAUUCUAACUAUUAGCAUGUGGUGGUGACACAAAACUGAACUUAUUUAGGUAGAUAGGGGACAAAAGCCAUCUCAUUCUUUCAAUGCAAGAUGUUGCAAGAGCAUAAACUUUAGUUUUAUUUUAUUUAAUUAUUAUCAAUUGCCAAUUAUAUUGUUGUAUAUUGUUAAUUAUGUGAAUUUAAUUUCACUUUUGUUU